AUGGCACCCUUGACAUCCGCGGCCCUGAUCCUGGGCAGCCUUGCCAGCCUCGUUGCUGGCCAUGGCUACCUCAAGAGCAUCACCGUCAACGGCGAGAACUACCUCGCAUGGCAGGUUGGCCAGGACGACUAUGUCACCCCGACGCCGGUUCGAUACGCCCGCAAGCUUGCCGACAACGGCCCGGUUCCGGACUUUACCAGCAACAACAUCACGUAUGCCCAAACUCAAGGCCCAAUAUGUGAGGCCACUGCUGAUUAUCAAGCUAGAUGUGGCGCAGGGGGCAACAUCCCCGCCGAGGGAGUGAUUGAGUUGAAGGCGGGCGACACUGUGUAUGAGAAAGCCUCUUCCCGCAAGUCUCACGGCCAUACUGACGCAAUCAACUUCACAGCUCCCUCAACUGGGACCAAUGGGGCAGCUCUCACAGCGGUCCGCUACCUCGCGCACUGCACCAACGACGACUGCAAGACCUUCUCGGGCGACACGGGCGCCGUGUGGGUCAAGAUCGAGCAGCUGGCCUACAACGCGGCGGGCAACCCUCCCUGGGCGUCCGACCUGCUGCGCGAGCAGGGGGCCAAGUGGCGGGUGACGAUCCCGCCGUCGCUGGCGCCCGGCGAGUACCUGCUCCGGCACGAGAUCCUGGGCCUGCACGUGGCCGGGGUGCGCAUGGGCGCCCAGUUCUACCCGAGCUGUACCCAGAUCCGCGUUACCGAGGGCGGGAGCGCGGCGCUGCCGGCGGGGAUCGCGCUGCCGGGCGCGUAUGACCCGGAUGAUGCGGGCAUUUUGACCGAGUUGUGGAGGAUUAACCAGGGCCAGAUCCCCUACACGGCCCCGGGAGGAGAUGUCUGGGGUGAGGCGGCGCCCAACGCGAACAGGGAUGGCCCGUAG